UGUGUGAUCAGCUGCAACCCUCUGCGGCGCUCUCGAAAAACGCGCAAGGACUCAGGAUGCGGAAACAACUGGACCCUCGGAUCCCCAUUCUCAUCAACAACAAUGUCAAGAAGAACCAUCGGUCCUUCAUAGUUCUCGUCGGCGACAAAGGCCGCGAACAAGUCGUCAAUCUACACUUCCUUCUGUCCCAAGCGCGCGUUUCUGCUCGACCUUCCGUGCUAUGGUGUUACAAGAAAGAUCUUGGCUUUACAAGUCAUCGAAAGAAGAGAGAGGCCAAGAUCAAGCGAGAUGUGAAGCGGGGUAUCCGAGAGGCAAAUGAACAGAACCCUUUCGAGAUAUUUGUCACCGUUACAGAUAUCCGUUAUACGUAUUACAAGGAAUCCCACAAAAUUCUCGGCAACACAUACGGCAUGUGUGUUCUGCAAGAUUUUGAGGCUAUUACCCCAAAUCUUCUCGCACGGACAAUUGAAACGGUUGAAGGAGGCGGCCUUGUGGUUCUACUGCUGAAGACGAUGACAUCUCUGAAGCAGCUUUAUACGAUGUCCAUGGACGUACAUGCCAGAUACCGCACUUCCUCACACGAUUCCGUUGUUGCAAGGUUUAAUGAACGGUUCAUCCUCUCUCUGGGUUCAUGUCCUGAUUGCUUAGUUCUUGAUGACGAACUCAAUGUCCUUCCCAUAUCGCGGGGCAAAGACAUCACUCCCAUUUCAGACAGCCCUGGCAAGGGCAAAGAAGGCGACCCGUCAGAACCACAGUUGCAAGAACUCCGUGAAUCCCUUGUCGACGUUAAACCUGCCGGAGAACUCGUGAAGUUGGCGAAGACUCUCGACCAAGCGCAGGCCAUCCUGACUUUCAUUGACGCCAUAGCAGAGAAAACACUGUCAUCAACUGUGACACUUACUGCCGCUCGAGGAAGGGGAAAGAGUGCUGCCCUAGGUUUGGCAAUUGCUGCUGCUCUUGCCCAUGGGUAUGCCAACAUUUUUGUCACAAGUCCAAGUCCAGAGAACUUGAAGACCCUUUUCGACUUUGUUUUCAAAGGGCUGGAUGCUCUUGGUUAUGAGGAACAUCUGGAUUAUGAUAUUGCGGUCGCGCAAAAUUUAGGAGAGAAUAAAGAUGAGGCUAGUAAGUCAGUGGUUCGGGUAAAUGUCUUCAGAGACCAUCGGCAGACAAUUCAAGACAUCCAACCUCAAGAUGCCCACGUCCUCGGUCAAGCUGAGCUUGUCAUCAUCGACGAGGCGGCAGCCAUCCCCCUUCCCCUUGUUCGCAACCUCAUUGGGCCUUACCUUGUCUUCCUGGCAUCAACGAUCAAUGGCUACGAAGGAACGGGCCGCUCUCUCUCCCUCAAACUCAUCCAACAACUACGCGAAAGCACUAGACCUUCGCUGACGAAAGACAUUGCUGGGCAGAACGACAAAGGCGACACGACAGCCACUGCAUCGUCGAGUAAAAAGCCAACAGUCAAGGCACCCCCAAAAACGCGCACGUUGCGCGAGAUUAAGCUAGAGACGCCCAUUCGAUAUGGCUCCGGAGACCAAAUCGAGAAAUGGUUGAACGGCUUGCUUUGUCUCGAUGCCACCAUCCUUCCUAGAGCGAAUGCUCAAGGAUGCCCACACCCUUCAACAUGCGAGCUCUUCUACGUGAGCCGUGACACGCUCUUCAGCUACCACCCCGCCUCUGAGGUGUUCCUCCAACGGAUGAUGGCGUUAUACGUCGCGUCACACUACAAGAACCAGCCGAAUGACCUCCAGCUCCUUUCCGAUGCACCUGCACACCAUCUCUUCGUCCUUCUGCCACCCAUCAAAGAUGAUGAGACACACCUUCCAGAACCGCUGGUGGUCCUACAGGUAGCAUUGGAGGGCCAAAUUAGCAAGGAGGUGAUUUUGGAGGGCCUUGGAAGGGGCAUGAGGGCAGGUGGGGAUAUGAUCCCUUGGCUGCUAACACAGCAAUUCCAGGAGAGCGGUUUCGCAAAACUGAGUGGUGCUCGCGUGGUUAGGAUUGCUUGCCAUCCUGAUUAUGCCAACGUGGGAUAUGGGUCACGAGCCCUUCAAGCGUUGAAUUCUUUCUACAGCGGAGAGUACUUCAGCCUUGAUGAGUCCUCACGACCCGAGGUCCGAUACCCCAACCAAAUAGAAAUAGAGCCUGGCACGGACCUUCUCACGGACAUGCCAAAAGUCCGUGCAGCAACUGCCAUGCCACCCCUCCUACAACGCCUUUCUGAGAGAAAGCCCGAAAAUCUUGACUACCUGGGCGUUUCAUACGGUCUGACACCGCAACUCCUUCGGUUCUGGAAGCGUGCUGGCUACGUGCCGUUGUACCUCCGCCAGACAACCAGCGAGCUCACUGGUGAGCAUACGUGCGUCAUGGUCCGUGGCUUGAACAGCUCGGCUGACAGUGAGAUGGAGUGGCUGCAAGAGUUCGCAAAGGGUUUCCGAAGACGGUUCCUUUCUUUGCUAUCGUAUAAGUUCCGCGAGUUUGGAAGCGUUACAGCUCUGAGCAUCCUUGAGGCUGUUAAUAUUGGUAUGAAGGCGGGAUCUGACGGCAAAGGACUCUCAUCAGACGAACUGGCAAUGCUCUUCACGCCAUUCGACCUCAAACGCUUGGAAUCCUACGCGAACAACAUGUUGGACUAUCACGUCAUCCUUGAUUUAAUGCCGACAGUCGCAAAUUUGUACUUCCAGAGACGUCUGGGAUCCAGUUCAACAAAUGGAGAGGGGCAACCUGCCGAAGGACUACGCCUAACGGCAGUUCAAAGCAGCAUCCUGCUUGCGAUUGGGCUACAAAGAAAAACGCUUGAGGACUUGGAGGCGGAGCUGCAACUGCCGGCCUCUCAGACCCUCGCCCUCUUCGGAAAGAUCAUCCGCAAGAUUAGCAAGCGCCUAAUCGAUAUCAGGAAAGCUGCCAUUAGCUCUGCGCUUCCCACUGCCAAUGUCAGCCUGACCACUGGGCUUGGAGCUCCUUCGCCGCUCAAGAACGUGACGUUAGGCGAGGGUAACGUUGUUACGGCCAUGCAAGAGGAGCUGGACGAAGCGGGUGACGAAGCCCUGAGGGCUGUCAGGGAGCGACAGAAGGAGUUGCUGAGUUCACUUGAUCUCAGAAAGUACGCCAUUGACGACAGCCAGACAGACUGGGGUCUUGCGGAAGCUCAGGUUGCUAGUGGCGGCAAGUCGAUAGUUGUUAGCGUCAAGAGCAAUGUGCUCGCGGGACAGAAGAGAAAGGCGGAAGAGCCUCCAAGUUCCACGGCCGAUGGAGGUGGGAGGGAGAAGAAAAACAGGAGGAGCACGGGAAAGAAGGGCAAGCAUUAGA